AGAUAAACUGGAGAAAACUCUGUUUCCAAACAUACCCCGAGACAGUGGUUGGGCAUCGUUUCGGACAGCGACGAGGCCGAGGGAUCGACUGGGGGACUUCGAAGUUCGAUUGUUCCUCUAUCUCCGGCAGCCGGCGAGAAUCUGAAAACCACGUUUUGUAACUUUAAUUGAAGGUUGAAGCCCUCAUUUGAGAGCUAAAUUUAAGUAAAGUGGGAUUCUACAAGACGUAGUUGGAGAGGAUCGAGAGGUUUCUAGGCUACUUGGUCCAUGCACCCACUUUCGGAGGAGAGCAUUUGUUUUUGAGAAACCGGAGUUCAAGCAAGGGUUACAUACCUCUGCGGAAGACCCAGAGCUGAAAGACUUUGUUGAUUACUUGGAUAAUCUGAAGAACUAUGAGAAAUGUGGAGUGCCAAGAGGCGCUGGUACGGAUUCAGAGGAUGGGUUUGAUCUGGGUCGGAUGAACCGCUUGAUGGAAUGCCUUGGUAACCCCCAGUCCGGCUUCAAGGCUGUUCACAUUGCUGGUACCAAAGGAAAGGGAUCAACUGCUGCAUUUCUUUCUAAUAUUUUACAGGCUGGAGGGUAUUCUGUUGGUUGUUAUACCAGUCCACAUAUUCAGACUAUUAGGGAACGUAUAUCCCUUGGAAGAUUUGGGGAGCCAGUGUCAGGAAAGGCAUUGAAUUGUCUUUUUAGGAGGAUCAGAAAAAUACUUGACCAGGCAAUGGAACUUGAGAAUGGGCGCUUGAGUCAUUUUGAGGUUCUUACAGCUAUGGCAUUCAGUCUAUUUGCUCAAGAAAAUGUUGAUAUUGCAGUUAUCGAGGCUGGGUUGGGGGGAGCUAGGGAUGCUACAAAUGUUAUACCUAGUUCAGGACUCGCUGCAUCAGUCAUUACAACAAUAAGUGAGGAACAUUUGGCUGCACUGGGGGGUUCCUUGGAAAGCAUUGCAUUGGCCAAGUCAGGAAUAAUCAAACAUGGCCGUCCACUGGUAUUGGGUGGUCCAUUUCUUCCAAAUAUUGAGUGCUUACUUCGUGAUAAAGCAUCCUCUAUGCGUUCACCCAUAGUAUCAGCCUCUGAUCCUGGAAAUAGGAGUACCGUAAAGGGCCUCAGCACAUUGAAUGGCAGACGUUUCCAAUCUUGCGAUAUGCUGAUGCAUAUUGAGAGGGACUUUCAGUUGUCCAUUGAGUUAUAUGAUGUGAAAUUGCGCAUGCUUGGAGCUCACCAACUUCAAAAUGCUGCAACUGCUACUUGUGCAGCUCUGUGCCUCCGUGAUCAAGGAUGGAGAAUUUCAGAUGGAUCAAUCCGUGCUGGUUUAGAGCACACAUAUAUGCUUGGAAGAUGUCAGUUUCUAGCACCAAAGGAAGCAGAGGCAUUAGGAUUACCUGGAGCAACAAUACUGCUGGAUGGAGCUCACACCAAAGAAUCUGCCAAAGCUUUGGUAGACACAAUUGGAAUGACAUUUCCUAAUACACUGGUUGCUCUUCUUGUUGCUAUGGCAAGUGACAAAGACCAUUUGGCUUUUGCAAGAGAAAUUCUUUCUGGCAGACGAUUAGAGGCCGUCUUUUUGACUGAAGUUGAUAUUGCUGGAAGCAAAUCUCGAACCACUCCGGCUUCCUCUUUAGGAAAGAUUUGGAAGCAAGCUUCCGAAGAGUUGGGUAUCGACAUUAUUCAUGACGGAAUGGGAGAAUACAGGAAGUUAUUUUGGGAUCAAGAAGUUUGUCCUGCAGGGGAAUUCGGGCGCAAAACCAUAUUGGCUACAGAGAGCUCAUUUCUAGUUUCAAUGAGAGCUGCAAAUCAGAUUCUCAGAGCAAGAAGUGGGGAUCAAUCAGGUGUCUUGGGCUUACGCACCAGACUAAUCCUAUGCCUAUGCCAGCUGUGCUCUCGAUCAACACGUAAGAGGUAAAUCGUAGAUGUGCGCUGCAGGCGGUAGGGUUCGAACCCCAUACUUCACCUUUGCCAAGGCCAUCUGACGCGAGUCCUUACCACCUGAGUUUAUGCCCGUGGGCUCUUGCUCUCUAAUUUUGUUUGAUUCAUUUCUUGAGAGAUUAGUGUGAGGUUCUAUUGUAAUUGGUAUCAGCUCAAUUAAAGAAGCAUUGCUUUAUACUCCAUCCUCUUAUUGUAAAAGGUUCUUUGUGAACCAAUUGGUGAGGGUUCUUGGUAAAUCGAUUUGCAAGGUUUCUUGGUGAACCUUGCGGCUCUUGGUGAGCGUUGUGGGAUUUGUUCCCACGUGAAGGCUCUUGGUGAGCGUAGAGAGAUUUGUUCCCGUAUUGUAAGGCUUUUUCUCCGGUGAAGGAGUUUGUUAGUGGAUUGUGGAAUCAUUGAGUUGGUCUCUAGGUGCGGACAUAGGCUUGGUGCCAAAUCACAUUAAAAUUUCGGUGUUAA